AAACACAAUGUUAAAGUAUGGCCAUUACCAACAUUGUCGGGAAACAAGUCAGCUUGAGUGACAAGCGCCUGAUAAUUGCUCUGUUGACAACCGCCCAAGCUGUUAUUUAAAAAAAAGACGAGCGGGUGAUGCCAGCUCAAGUGUCACUUCCCUCCUAUACUUAAGAUAUCAGCAGCGUUGUUCUGCAUCAAACAGCUGCAGGUGAUCUGUCAAAUCAAGCUUGUAACAUGCCCACAGACAGGAUGAGCGUCGAGGAAGUGAGUAUUCAGGAGAUCCACGGGUUUGACCACGAUUUUGACCCCGAAGUAGACCGGAAGUACCAGUGCCCAAUCUGUCUGGCGGUCCUGCGGGAAGCGGUUCAGACUUCUUGCGGACACAGAUUUUGCGAAGAGUGUCUGAAAGGCGUCAUUAAGUAUGCUCCCGUGGUCUCAAUGUCUGGCGGAAGUAACCUCAACCUCUCAUUAAGAGCAAGAACCUGUGCCAAGUGUCCCGUGGACAACAGAUGGUUCAGAGUACGGGGAGAGGUGUUUCCCGACAACGCCACCAGACGUGAAGUCCUGUCCUUGACCGUCAAAUGCGACCACAACAAAGGUGAUGACCGAUGCCAGUGGAAGGGGGAGCUCCGGGAACUCCAGGAUCACAAGGAUGCCUGUCAGAUGGCCCCCCUGCCAUGCGAGUACAACUGUGGGCUGACGGUGACACGCGGGGAAGCGGUGGCCCACAUGGCCUCCUGCAGGAGAAGGCCCGUCGCGUGUGACCACUGCCACAUAACGUUGGCAUUGGCGGACAGACCAAUGCACCACCUACUGGAGUGUGAGAAGUUCCCGGUCACGUGCACGGUGUGUGGAGCUGUGGGCAUUCUCCGGAAGAACAUCCCGGAUCACAUCGAGCAGGACUGCCCUCUGGUGGAGGUCAGAUGCACUUUCCACAGACUAGGGUGCAAGGCUGAGGAAAAGCGCCAGAACCUUGAGAAACAUAACAAAGAUUACUGGCAGCAACACCUGGCCCUGAUGGCCGAAAACGAGCUCCAUCUGCGGUCUGAGAUGCAGAAGUUCCGGAUCACAGUCGAGUCCCUCACUAACGACGUGGAAGAUCUCAAAGGUCUGGCCGUGAGACAGGAAGUCAUCAUGAAGGUCCAACGUCGACAUAUUCAAAGACUCCGAGGCGAGUCCAACAAUGAUUCUGUUUCAACUACGUCGGACGACGACGUUGCCGACGCAGGGACUAACACCAUCACCGUCGAUAUGGAUGAAGACAGUGCUAACAUUUGAUGACAUGUACCUGGAUAUUUAGUCUCGAGUAUCAUGCGUAGGCAUAGUGUUCUAAACAUGGCACGGACGGUGGGGUACCCCUGUGGUUAAAGGGUUAGCUCGUCAUGUCGAAGAUCCGGGUUCGAGUUCCCCUUUGGUACAAUGUGUGAGGCCCAUUUCUGGUGUUCCCGCCGUGAUAUUGCUGGAAUAUUGCUAAUAGCGGCGUAACACCAUACUCACUCACUAAACAUGUCACAUGACGUCCCAACAGCCACACAAGAUAUAUCUUUCCCUGACGUAUACAUGUGUGUGCACGUACAUGCACGUACAUGCACAUUGAUGUCUCACGUAUCGGUUGGAAAAGCCUUCUUUUUAGCCUCCUUUGUAAAACGUAAGCAAGCCAUGCACUUCAUGUAUUGGCCGCAGUCCUCUCCGUGUAACACCCUCAUCAGGGCCAGGGUGCUCUGAAUACCAUUCUAUAGACACACCAACCGCUAGGACAUUUCUAUAUGCAUUAUUCAGAAAUGUACAUAUAUUGUACAUGACAGAUUAACGAUAGUUAUGGUAUGUCAUGACAAAUUAACUAUAGUAAUAUGAAACAAUGGACUGGUCCUGAACUUCUUUUGAGUAGUAUAUGCACGUGGUACAUAACUUCUUUGAGGGGCAUUUAGAGGUUGGAGUACUAAGUAAGGAUAUGAAUUAUGGAUGAAAAACGUCAGUAUUACAAUUAAGAGCCACUUUUCGGUGUAGGUUGUAACGCAUGCUUGAUAAGGAGAUAGAACCUACACCGACCUGUCGCUCCUCGUUGUAAUAAAUUAGUUGUUCGUCCAUAUCUCAUCCUUACCCACCUGUUACAUGUAAUUGUUCUGUUCUGCAUGUAUGGUGUCGAUGUUGCGUUAAUGGGUAAAUGCACAGCACUAUGCAGCAUUGAUGUUAAUACGAUGGUAUAUCACGGCGGCCUGUCUUGAGUGUGGAUCAGACAAACCAUGACAAAAUAUUUUAAGUACAGCGACUCAUGCCGUGGGGUUCGACAUUAUCUCAUAAGGCAGUUCACAGGUGGGAGAUGUAGGCAGAUGUCAUAUGUUGGACACUCAGUGAAAGAACAAACAAACAAAAGAUAUAUCGGUAAUAUAUUUCGUAUUUAUUGCGGCGCAUGAAGUUAUUAAGUUAUAGGUAAUUAUUCAGUUUCAUCUCAAACUCUUACUAAAACAUAUCCUAAGAGGAAUCCUAAAAUGUGCGAUAAAUGUGCCGUGCGCACAGGGUUAUCCUAGCGACAUGGAUAUCGCACCACAGCAUCUGCUCAAGUACUGUAAUGUUAACCUAGCAUUUGAUAGGAUCGUUUUGUGUCAGCAGUCUUGUCCUGCUAAAAACGUGAUAUGUGAGUCUAGACGCUAGUUAUUAAUGGACAGACGGCGUGACUGUUAUCUCGAGAAUGUUUUAUGAUACACAUGCAUCAAACUAGGCGUAUUCACCCAUAAAUGGUUACUUUGUUAUUGGGUUAAAGACAUACCCACAACUGUUGAGCUGGACUUUCUACACGGCUGUAUCAGCACUGCUGAUUGUUUACAAGAUUCACGUGAAGGGACGAUAUGUAUAUGUAAGUGGACUCCCUGUAGGUCAGUGUAUAGUCAGAGAAUUUCAACUGAUUUGUCACCAGGUUUGAUUAUGCUGAGGUAUAACAGCUGCACUUAUACUAUAUAUAGUCAGCGGUGUGCGGGACUAUAUAUAUAUAUAUAUAUAUAUAUAUAUAUAUAUAUAUAUAGUCUUG